AAGGAAGCCUGAUCUUUGUUAACAUGUCACCUUCUUUCGCUCCUGGAUGUUGCUGUUGGUUUGGACAGUCUCCAUCACACAAUAGACAAGCAAUACCGUGUGUCCUAUCCGCCCAGUUCACCUGUGCGCUUAUAAAGUACCGUUGACGAGUUACAUCCAUUCACUCAUCGCGACCCCAGCCCCUGAGGGAAACACCUCGAGGCAAUAUCAGAGCAUACUUCACAGCGUUUGCGUGGCUCUGUGAGUCCCGCGAACUGCUUCGGGGUUCGGGAUACGAGCAUUCUGCAUGUGGAAACAUGAGCAUGGAGGGGUGACCUCCGAGAAUGAAAAUGGGGAGUGCGUUUCAGAAGGUCGCUUCUGUUUUAUCUUGCAACUCUGAUGAUGAACUGAGUUGCGUUUCAAACGACAUGAAUGAAAUAAUGGCUGACAGGAUGCUGGAUGCUUGCCACAAAAAGAUAAAGAGACUCCCAGUUCCAAUAUGCUCCUUUACAUAUGUGGAGAAGUUGUACAUCAGCAACAAUAAGCUUAGAGAGCUCCCUGAUGAGUUUCAACAGUUGGUCAACUUAAAGAUCCUAGCAUUGGAUUUUAACAAAUUUGAAGAUGUGCCUAAAGUUGUAUGCAAUAUGCAGAACCUAACACGACUCUACCUUGGUAGCAAUAGAUUAAUGACAAUUCCUCCAGAGUUUAGGAAUCUAGAAAACCUCAGGUGUCUAUGGAUAGAAAGCAACUAUUUCAGAAAAUUUCCCAAACAGUUAAUUAACAUGCCCAGCCUGAAAUCACUGCAGAUGGGGGACAACAAAAUGAAGACUUUACCAGAGGAUCUGGUUAAAUUCAUUAACCUACGUGGAUUUUGGAUAUACGGCAACAGAUUUGAGGACUUCCCAAAGGUAUUACUGAAAAUGGAAUUUCUUGAAAUCCUUGACAUGGACAAGAAUAAAAUUACAGAGUUUCCCAAUAUGGAGCACCUUUCAAGACUCAAACUAUUUUCCUAUGACCAUAAUCCUACCAAGCACCCACCGAGUGUGGCAGUUGGGGUGACAUUGGUGGGUGAAGGGGCAGCAGAAUUAUUGGCCAUCAGAGCUCAAGAAAGUGACGAAAAUGAGGAAAAUCAGGAGCCUCUGCAUAGCAUCCUCAAAAAUGGCUCGACAGGACUGGAAACAGAGGGCAGUUUCACAGCCUUAGAAUGCUCACACGAGGGGACAUGAAGCAGGCUGCAGGUACCAGCCAUGGAAUACCUCAU